CUGUACCCGUGGAGAGUCACACAGCCCAGAGAAGCCAUGGGACGACGGCAUUUUCUUUUUGGCCCGACUCCUCGAGCAAUGCAAGAGUCCAUCCUGGAGGGCUGGCAAGUUCGGAAUGCAGCCGCGGCACUAAUCGAUAGCGAACCAAUCCAAUCUCGAAGACAUUUCAAUGCUUUCAAUCUGGAGGGUACAAGAGGAGCAACCACGAGCUCUUUUGAGAUUACGUCCAAGAGGCACUUUGAUGCUGUGGAGCACAAGGAAUGUGGCCGCGAGGUUGGUGGUUCUUGCCAGGGGCGGAAGCAUGUGCUUGGGCCUGAAUGCCACAUGCAAGGAGCCUUGCAGGUGAAAAGCCAGCAGUGCCAGCCCCGCAGAAAACUUGAAGGGAGUCAGCCUACAAUAAGGCGUGGUGAAGCUCCUCAACGGCGGCACUUGGUUUGCCAGGAUCAUCUGCUUUGGAGUGGUGCAGUCAGUGCAAUACCUGAAGCAGAGCGACCGCAGGGUUUGCGCCGGAGUUCUCCGUCACCCACGUUGGAUUCGCAAGUUGCAGCAUUGCUUGCUGGUCCAAGCACCGAAACAACUACACAGGCUCCGCUGAUUUGCGAGGGCCCGAGGUCGCAGACUCCAGUGAAGCGUCGAGUUGAAGUCCCGGACAAUUUGGUGGGUGGUACCCUUCGCGGCCUUCAACCUGUACAAGAGAAACCUGCACCUAGGCGGCCAAAGCAUGAGUGUGCUGCUACAAGCCUGCUUGGUGGACACUUGAGGUCCCUGGGAGAUCAAGCUGAUACAAAUCGAUUGCCUUCACCAUCGCGAUGUCACCGUCCUCAGGACAAUUUGGCUGGCGGUGCUUGCCUUCCAGUGAGAGCUCACUGAGAAUUGCUCAACCACCGAUAUCUAGAGUGCAAGCAUGUGCGAGCACCCUGACUACAAUCUCCCUGCAUGUGAAGCCAUCGUGCUAUGGCCAAUGAUGUUGACUCCGCAAAUUGCAGAAGAACUGCAAUGCCAAAAGGGAGGUGGAUGGAUUUGUUAGUGCUGAAAA